AAGGAACAGAUAUUAAAGCUGUUUAAAUUGAUGGUUUAGGUUUAGAAGCUGAACCUCUGCUUUAGAAUCCAGCUGUGUUUUGGAACAACUGGAGAAGACUAAAUUAAGAAACAUGAUGUUCUCAGUGUGUUCAGCAGUCUGGACUCUCCUGCUCCCCCUGCUGGUUCGGUGUACCCCAAUGUCUACAGAACUGUUUCCAACAGAUUGCUCUGAUGUCUACACUAACGGACAAACGCUCAGUGGAGUGUACACAAUCUACCCUACAGCAGACACACCGGUCCAGGUGUACUGUGACAUGGGGUGUCGGGAAAGCACAACAGAGGAUGCAAAGUGGACGGUGUUCCAGAGGAGAAUGGACGGCAGUGUGAAUUUCUACAGACCAUGGGAGCACUACAAGAAAGGAUUUGGGAACAAAUAUGGAGAAUACUGGCUGGGUUUGGAGAAUCUCUACCAACUCACACGGAACAGGAAGUAUGAGCUGAGAGUGGACCUUCAGGAUUUUGAGGGAGUUUCAGUUUAUGCUCAGUAUUCAUAUUUCUCUGUCGAAUCUGAAGCUGAGGGCUACAGACUCCACGUUAGCGGCUUUAUCAAUGGAGGCGCAGGAGAUUCUCUUGAAACAAGCAAUGGGCAGAAAUUCUCUACCUUUGACAAAGACCAGGACACUAAUGAGGAGGGAAACUGUGCUAAAUCCUACCUCGGGGCUUUCUGGUACAACAAGUGCCACCAUGCGAACCCUAACGGGAUAUACCUGUGGGGACGUGACGCGACACACUUUGCCAUUGGUAAUGUGUGGUAUCAUUGGAAAGCCUAUGAUUAUGGUUUAAAGUUCAUCACUAUGAAGAUCAGACCUGUGCCUGCAGCACAAUGAUGCGUUUCUGUUAAUAACAUCUGUGUUGUUGUUGGAAGUGGUGAUGGUUUCUUUCAUUCUCUCUCUCAGUUUGUGUGUCUUGUACAAUUGUAGGCCCAUUUGACACAGUGAUAUUUGUUGAAUACUGUCUUCCCAUGUUCUCAUAUCAUUACUGUAUUUUUUUCUACCAUAUUAUUUUGCAGAAGUUCAUAAAUAUGUGCAUUUCUCUACCUAUUGGUGCUCAUGUCUUUCUUAAUAUUGUAAGAAAAUAAAUGUAUAAUAUACAGAUUCCAACAUA